UCUCUUUCAAAAUUCGAAUCCAAGUUUCCUUUUCUGUUGUCUUGUCGCCCACCGUUAAAAUCUCAUCAUCGCAGCCACUUUUCGCUAUCAAAGAUCAGAACUUUUUUCUUCCAUUCGAAAAAAUCUUCUCUUUCGCAGAUCAAUCACUCGAGAACAACAACAAUGGCAUUAAGGCCCAUCGACAACGCCCUGCCUGUGCCGCCACCGGAGAGACCAAUGAAGCAACUCAAAGUCUCUACCCCAGCCGCCCAGAAACAGCCUGAAUCAAAAGCCAACGACGAAAACAUGGCUCCACUGCAGCAGCAGCCGCCGGCUGGAGAAGCCUCGAUUGAUUACGUACCUUCCGAGCAACUUGUCGCCAUUGAUGAUCCGGAGUCUGAGAUUCAAAGAAUGGUUGAGGGUUUAGAUUCAAAAGACUGGAUUAUGCUGUGCGCGUCGCUGAACAAGGCCAGGCAAUUCGCAAUCUUCCACUCCGUGCUCUUGCUUCCAAACUUGGAAAAGGCAAUGUCAGUGGUGGUCAAGUCGAUGAAGAACCCUAGAAGUGCUCUGAUCAAGACUUCUAUCAUGGCUUCCUCUGAUAUAUUCUCAGCCUAUGGCGACAAGCUGCUUGAUUCAACAACAGAUGCAUUUGACAGCUUGCUUCUCCAGCUCCUGCUGAAAGCUUCUCAGGACAAGAAGUUCGUAUGUGAAGAAGCUGACAGAGCAUUGGGUGCCAUGGUGAAGUCCAUGACUCCAUUGCCGCUGCUGCAGAAGCUGAAGGGAUAUGGCAGUCAUCAUAACCUUAGAGUCAGGGCUAAAGCUGCAGUUUCCAUCUCCACCGCAGUCUCCAAGAUGGGUAUGGAAGAGAUGAAGGAAUUCGGGUUUGUACCACUGGCUGAAAUGGCUAUAAGGUUGCUGAAUGAUAAACUACCUGAAGCGAGAGAAGCUGCAAGGAAUAUCGUCGUUUCUGUCUAUGAAGUGUAUACAAGAGAUGAAGAGCAGAAGCAGGAGAUAUGGCAGAGCUUCUGCGAAUCGUAUUUAGCGCCUGUGCAUGCUCAGUCUCUGAUCAAGAUCACUGCUGGUUCACCAAAAUCACUGCUGGUACAAGAGAUGACUGCACAGGAUUUUCAUUGUUUGCAGUAGAUGACAGUAAAAGCUAUUGAAAUUUUCUACAUGUAGAGAUGAUGGUUUCAGAAUUCUCAGUCUAUGUAAUACUCUUUUACAUGAUUCUCAAUGAUAAAAUUUGCGUGCACAUUGUUGGGUUGCAGUUUCAUGUAUAUGAACACAAGCCACAGUUCACAACAAGUUCUCACUAGUCGAUCGAUAUCAAACUUCUCAAUAACUGAAUAUAAGCUGCCAGUCUAAUAUAUGGUCUCGGAUGAUGUCUCAAAAGAAAAGCAAACUUUCCUCGUUUCUAUAGUCUACAAAACUCGGUGAAUCCAUAAGGAGAAGCUCGUCAUCAGACAACAAAGAAUACCAAGAGCCUGUAAACUGACCACCUGACAAUAAUUCGCUUUGAUUCUCUUCAAUCAGAGCCUGUAAACUGACCACCUGACAGUUAUUCGCUUUGAUUCUCUUCAAUCAGAGACUGUAAAGCCCUCUCAACUUCAUUGAAUGGUUGACCAGCGUAAAGCUUAAGUUGGCCCUUCUUCACAACAAGUACUUUCUUGGUAUCUGAUUUCAUCGCCUC